AUGAAUGGCGUCAUCAAGUACGAUCAAGAACUAACAUCACUCCCAAGGUGUUUGAUGAUUCGCCAGCUUAUGCCGAAGAAAAACUAUUGGAACAUAAUCUUCAUUUUCACGUUAAUUUAUUAUAUUGCAAAUACAUUCCUGAUGGUGUAUUUAUGGCCACCGAAGACUAUCGACAUCACUACUAUCGUUUUGUACUUUAUUCGAAUGGACUUCAUCGUGGACGUAACAGUAAUUUUUUCCUCAUAUUUUUUCCUACAACAAUUGGAGUAUAGAUUCCAAACGUUGAACGAUUCCUGGGAGUAUCUUCUUCCUGGAUUUCUAUCCGUUCCUGAAGAAUUGACACAUUCCAUAACAAGAAUAACUCUGGAUAACAUACGAUUGUUCCACGCUGAACUAUCGGACUUAUUAAGAAUAUUCAGUGUAGGUUUCGGAAAAAUGCUAUUAGGAUUCUUUGUAUUCAGUUUUAUUAAUAUGAUACUCUCUUUUUAUUAUUCUAUUGUUCCUAAUAAUAAUGUGCUAAGAGAAUUUAAUUUUGACAGUUAUUUAGUAGAAUUUAUACCAUACUUACUAAACCUACAAAAUGUCAUAUGGACUCUAUCCAUUAUCAUUGCUGCAUCACGUGUACAUGAAAAGAAAAGGAAGAUGAUAUCAUAUUUAAGAUUAAUAAAGAUUUCAAAUUUAUCGGCAAACCUAAAAACCCAAGUUAAAUUUUUUAUGAACCAAAUAUCAGCUUUUGAAUCAAGCGAACUCACAGCAUGUGGAAUAUUCAAUAUAAAUUUAAAUCUUGUUGUAUCGAUACUAAUAUUACUUGUUACUGGUUUAAUAACAAUAAUACAAAUGAAAGAACAUCCAGUUUUGUUGCAAUCGAAAGAAAAUUUAAAGAAGUUUAUUCAAAGUCUGACUACAGAAAAACUUAAUAAUAUAUAA